UGUGUACAAGACGGAAUUUCCAGUGAAGUGCAAAUCACUAGUGAGAGUAAUGAUCUUUCAAUGACGUGUUCUUCGAAAGCAUCAUUCACCAAGAAUGAGAGGAUAAUAAAAGGAGAGUCAACCAAAGGACAAACCACGAGGAAUGACAUCUGUUUUGUUGUGAAACAAGGUUCUUCUUGUUUGGAUAAAGGAAGAGAAACUGGAGAGUACUCAGAACUAUCGAGUUCGCUGGGCUGUGUUGCUGAUUUACUUGAGAUGUCCUGUGAGGACCUAAACAACGAGAAUAGCAUAAGUAAAGGUAAACUAAACCACGGCCAAGUCUAAAGGAGCAGUGUAACUUCCAACCAAACUCGAAAUUGUUCUUUAACAGCUUUUAAAACCUUUUGGCUUUAUUCUACUUAUAAGAAACCUGAAAUGUAUAUUUCUAUUGACUUUGACAAUAAGCAGUUAGUUUAAUUCUUUUGAAACCAUUGAAUAAUUUUAUGACUUGCAUAACAUCUAACCAGUACCGUUAACUAAAGGUGAUUCUACGACUUUUAAAGAAGAGAGUGAUUUUACUGCCUUUGCCUCCCCUUUAUUAAUAAUCACUAAGUAAACAUUGUUUUCGCUGAUAGGGCCUUGUAUACACGGCGAAAUUGCCAAUGAAGUGCAGUCCACUGGUGAGUGUAAUGAUCUUUCAAGGACGAGUUCUUCGAAAGCAUUAUUCACCAAGAAUGAGAGGAUAAUAACAGGAGAGUCCACUAAGGGACAAAUCACUAGGGAUGAAAUCUCUUUCGUUGUAAAGCAAGGUUCUUCUUGUUUGGAUAAAGGAGAAGAAAGAGAGAUCUCAGAAUUAUCGAAGCCUCAGCGAAUAACCAGUCUUCCUGAAUUAUUUGUUAUGUCCUGUGAGGACCCUGGCGAAGACAAUUUGAACUUCAGUACAUCUAGAAAUAACAUGGCCAAGGAGCCUAAA